AUGGCGCAACGUUCUCACGUUCCGAAGUUCGGCAACUGGGAUAGUGACAACGUUCCAUACACGGCAUAUUUUGAGAAUGCACGAAGAGAAAAAGGUGGGAUGAUGAUGAAUCCCAAUGAUCCAAUGGAAAAUCCAGAGGCCUUCGACGUUGAUGCUGAUGAAGUGAAGGCUUCUUCUCUUGAUGCCCACUCCCACAACGAAACUUCUCUUGAAAGAGGAACUCGACGGCGUUUGCCCCGCAGAGGGAGGGGUAGUGAAGGUAGCUUCACACCAGAGUUUGCGGAUGAAACAAAUAAUUUCGAUCAGAAGAAGAGGAGGAGCAUCACCAAAGGAGGCAGUAGCAUCAGUAGUUUCUCUUCGUCAAUUCAUAAUAGACACAAGAGUACGACCACCUCUUCCUUCAAUCACCUUUCGAAUCAUGAAGCGACGCCAAUACCCAAAUUUGGUGCUUGGGAUGUCACAGACCCCAAAUCAGGAGAGGGUUAUAGUGCCAUUUUCAGCAAAAUAAAAGAAGAAAGGCAAACUACACCCAGCCAAGUCUCCCACACAAGUACUCCACCACUAAACCACUGUUCAAAUGUUAAGAAUCAAUAUCAUGGACCUUCCUUUGCCUUAUCCAAGGUGAUGUUAUAA